CGCAUUGAACUGUGUGGCAACCAUUGCAAGGUGCGCUGCACGUGUUUCAAAUUCGCGUGUGUUGCUUGUUCAUUCCCGGGUCUGAGCUCUGAAAUUAAUUCGAAAGCAGUUAAAAGUAGCUCGAAAGAAAUAACAGUAUCCGAAUACAGUUGACCGGCUACCAAGGCAAUGGAGGUAAAUGCCAUCAAGCUACGAUUUUGUGCACAGCGACUUCUGCAGUUGACUGCCAACGAGCCCCAAGACAAUUUGUUUGUUCAAAAUGUACAGAAGUUCAUCAGAAAGAAGUCUCAGCGAGCAACUUGCGUGUCCGGCCUACACCGUUCCCUUGGCAGUGAGCUUUGAGGAGCAACUGUUGCUGCUCCUUAGCAUGGCCCUGCGAUGGGACUCGGCUGGAGACGAUAUCCAUCAAUAUCAUAAGGAGUGCAUCGCCCUGUCAAAGCUAAUGGACAUCUCUGUGGAUGCGCAGAGGUUUGCAAAGAGCUACUUCCACAACAGGCCAGCACCGUUCGAGAAAAGCCAAAGUAAUUCCAGCAGUGUCCCCAGCAAAAGGGCAAAGAACGCAAAGGCCAGCCAAAAGUUAGAUGAACUGGAGCUCUUGAAAUGUUGCUACCAGUUGCUGCGAAGUGACACGUCCUACUUCCGUCAAUUGUGGGACUGGUCCGGCUUCAUUGCCACCUACUCGCACCUCGAGACCCCCUGCCCGAUGAUACAGCUCUACUGCAACUACAUCAUGGCCAUGCUCACGAAUAUGAGCCCAACACAGCGGAAUGCCCAAAAUGCCAAGAUAUCCACAGAAGCACAGCUCCGAUUUGAACGCGAGAAGGAACAGUCAUGGGCCGUAGCCAGGCAGGCCGAGGGCUGCUGCUAUUCUCCCGAAGACGAAACGCCUGAACAGAUGCUGAGCCUGAGCCUCAACCAGAGUGUGACCAACAUUGAGGGCGUACUCUUGCCGACAUUCAACAAUAAGAAUCAGGAAUGCUAUGCAAGCACUGACGGCGGCUACGGUCGCAUUGUAAAGGUGGAUUCGACGGUUGUAAAUCUGCGGAGCAUUGCCCUCGGCGUCGCAGCGGCCAAGCCGAUUUGCCUCUCCGGUCCUGUGGGCUGUGGCAAGACGACGCUUAUUGAGUAUCUGGCCCGCAAGACGGGACACAUUUGCCCCAAGCCCAAGGAGAUUGACACUCGCGAAAAGGCGCUGCGAAAGGCUGAAGAGGAGGACAAAUUGUUGACACCAAAAAAAGGAAAAAAGGGGAAAGAAAAGAAGCGGAAACUGGAGGAGGACCUUCCCAUCGACCAGGCAUUGCUGGAUCUGGGUGAAAUGUCGCAAAAGCAUGGCUUUCUACGGAUACAGCUGGGCGACCAGACCGACAGCAAAAUGCAAUUGGGCCAAUAUCGCUGCACAGAUGUGCCUGGGGAAUUCGUUUGGCUUCCUGGUGUCCUCACGCAGGCUGUCAUGCAUGGCUACUGGCUGUUGCUGGAGGAUCUGGAUGCCGCCACCCAAGACACCUACACAAUUCUGAGCAGUUUGCUGGAGAGGCAGUGCCUGAGCGUUCCCGGCUUUCGCGACUCUGUGCAGAUUGAGCCAGGCUUUCAAUUGUUUGUCACAGUGCGGACCAACAAAUCGGCCAGCAAUUCGGGACAGAAAUCGCUCUAUUCGCUGCUGGAUAAAUAUCUGUAUACGAUCAACGUUUUGCCGCUUUCCCGCAACGAGCUGUGCAAGGUGGUCAGCACCAACUAUCCCAAGCUGGCGACCGUCGCCAAUCGAGUGGUGGACGUGUUUCUUACCUUCUCCAGUGGCAAUCACAUGGCCGCCGACAAUCUGCGUCAGCAGGAUUCGAACGACAAGGCGGACAACACGGAGAAGUACGUGGCGCUGCCCUUUAAGCAGGUCACACUCUCAUCCAGUCCGAACUCGGGCCGCCUGGUCUCGACCCGGGAUCUGGUCAAGCUGGGCCAGCGUUCGAAUGCCCAGUUCUCGGUGACCAGCGCCGAGUGUGCCUACUUUAUGUUCCAGAAUGCCGUCGAUGUAUUCUGUUCGUAUCUGCCGCAUAGUAGGGAGAAGAUCACGCUGAUCACGAGCAUCGGCGCCAAGUUGGGCAUCAUUCGCUCCAGAUGCGAGCAUUUCGCUAAUGAAUACAAACCUGAUGUGGAUUUUGGACUGGAGAUUAUCAAGAUCGGACGUGCCAGUCUCCUGGCCAAGUCCGAGCUGCUGUCCAAUAAUGAGAAUGGGGAGCAGCUCUCAGAGCAAGACCUGAAGCGACAGAAACUAACCGAGCAGACCAGGAGGGCCAUCGGCCAGACCAGCGUCAAGCGUGCCACCUUCUCGUUUACACGUCUCGCCAGCUGCAUCUUGGAACGGAUUGCCGUCUGUGUGAGCCACUCGGAGCCCGUGCUGCUGGUGGGGGAGACGGGUGUGGGCAAGACCUCCUCCGUGCAGUAUCUGGCCGAGCGCACCGAACACAAGCUGGUCGUCGUGAACAUGAACAACCAGUCGGAUGUCUCGGAUCUCGUGGGCGGAUUCAAGCCCGUCGAACUCAACUACGUGCACUUGCUCUGCGAGACCUUCAAUGCCGAGAAGAACAUGCAGUUCCUCCGGAUCUUUGCCACGCAUUACAACAGCGGCCGGCACAGUGUCAUCAUACGCACUAUGAUCAGCCUGUGCCAUCAGGUGUUCAGGAACACGGAUCUAAAGAGCCACCAGAUGGUGCCGCGUUGGCGCACGCUUUGCGAGAAGCUGCAGAAGCUGCAGACACAGCUGGACAAGAGCAUUAACAUUUCGUUUGCCUUCAUACCCGCUGAAGCCCCGUGA